AUGAUUAUCAUUCCUCGCAAGAAAACUCUUGAUGAAGGCUUAGAAGGACUCGACGCCUUCUUCGUUAUGUUGCAAUCCGGUUGGAUCAAUACACAACUGUUCUUGUACUACUGUAUCCUUUUCAUAGUUGAGGUGCAGGCAAGAAGGGCGACAAUGAACCCUAUGGAUGCACAAGAACCAUUUCUCUUGAUAGUUGACGGGCACGGUUCAAGAUGCAACUAUUUGACUCUUCGCUUUCUUGAACUUUUUAAUAUUGAUCUCCUUAUUUUGCCAGGGCAUACGUCCCACAUCCUUCAGCCAUUGGAUGUGGGCAUAUUUUCGCCCCUCAAGGCAGAAUGGAAAAGAAUGUUUGAUAGGAGUUGCAUUCGUAUCGAUGCAACAGGCCAUAUCAUUCAAGCUGCGAACUAUACAGCAAAGGAACUGCGGUAUUUAAUGAUUACUGCCUUUUUGGAUGCAAUUGCAUUCGCAUGUACACCUACCAACAUUAAAUCUGCUUUCCAGGCGACAGGAUUGCAUCCAGUAGAUCCGUUUCGCCCUUUAUUCCGAUGCGUGUUAUCGUGCAAAGGGAGAACUUUAUCAGUAGCAAGUGGUUAA